AUGGGCGUCACGCUCGUCCAGCCAGCAGGCUACCAUGCCGGCAAGUGCGGCUACUGCUCUCCACCGGGAAAGAAGAAGAGCGCACCACAAACAUCCUACUCUCUCGGCUUGGUCGCGAGCCAGAUGUCGGCGCAGUUCUACCAGAACCUGUGCGAUCGCGGCUGGCGCCGGUCAGGCGACUAUGUGUAUCACCCCGACAUGGCGCGUACAUGCUGCCCACAGUACACGAUCCGGCUGGACGUUUCCCAGUUCAAGCCCACGCGGCAGCAGCGCAGCGCCGUGAACCGCUGGAACCGGUUCGUGUCGACUGGCCUCAAGCCUGGCGAGGAGGUGCUGGCUGGGGGUGUCGCGGCGGCGACAGAGAACGCAGCCAGCGGCAAGAAGGGUAAAGGCAAGGGCAAGGGCAAGGACAAGGCCAAGCCGUUUGACCUCGUGACGGAGCUGCGAUCGCAUCAAGCAGGGUACGGCGCUGGCGGCGGCGAGGCUGCGCCGAAACAUCGCUUCGAGCUCGAGCUCACCCCGGCCAAAGUCACGCAAGAGACGUUUGAACUAUACAAGCGCUACCAGGUUGCCGUGCACAAGGACGCGCCGGGAAGCGUCUCGCGCGCGGGGUACAAGGGGUUCCUGUGCACGAGCCCACUGGACGACGACGAGGAGAUCGUGUACACGAAUGCCACUGCCGCAAGGGGCCUGCCGACCAGCUAUGGCGGCUACCACCUGCUGUACCGCGUGGACGGCGUGCUCGUGGGCGUGUCGGUCAUUGACAUUCUCCCGCACGCCGUGAGCAGCGUGUACUUUAUGUGGGACCGGGCGUGGGCGUGGGCCGGGCUGGGCAAGCUCAGUGCGCUGUACGAGAUUGCGCUUGUGCGCGACAUGGCCGCCGCGGGCGCAAAGGACAUGGCGUGGCUGUACAUGGGCUACUGGAUCGCGACGUGCGGCAAGAUGCGGUACAAGGGCGAGUACCACCCGAGCUACCUCCUGGACCCGGGCACGCAGGUGUUCCACCCACUCACGCCGCGCUUGGACAAGGGUCUGGCGCGGAUCAAGGGGUAUAAGCCCUUUGAGGAGAUUGAGGCCAUGGCAGAGGACGAGGUCGCGGGGCUGCCCGAGCCGACGAUGAGCGAGCGUAUCGAGGUAGACGAGGACGUCGGCGGCGGCAGGGCAGGUGGCGGCGACGACGACAACAACAACAAGGCAGAGUUCCCCACCCCCCCACCGCCCGGGUUCCUCGACCCAGCGAGCUUGAGCGCCGCGACCAUGGACUCGCUCGUCACCUUCCUGAGCGAGCCCAAACACGGUAUCGUGCCGUACAAGAUGUUCCAGCACAUGCUCACGCCGCGAGGACGCGUCAUGGUCAAGCAGAUGGUAGCGGCUCUGGGACUGGACAUGGUCGCCAGCCUCGUAGAUCAGAAGUUUGAGGACAAGGCGUUCUUGUACUUUGGCGACUAG